UGUUUCAGAAAUAUAUUCAUAUUUUCAAGUUCAAAUUAGAAAAAGUUCGUUUACUAAAAAUUUUUUUUUUUCCAUAUAUUUUAUAUGAUCUGUUCUUAAUAGGAAUAGUUUUUGAAUUGUUGUUUUAUUAGGAAAAGCGACCAUAAUAAGAACAAGUUCAAUUACUCGUAAAAUGCUACUAACUACAGAUUUAAUUUACGAGAUAAUAAAAUAAUUUUUGCAUCAUUCGAUGCAGCAAAUAUUUCUGCACUCAGAAAUGUAAAAAAAGACUUCAUAAUUUUAAAAUUUUGAUUAGUAAAAAAGCAAAUUACUGGCAUCUCUGAAAAGUCUGUUGUUAUUGAUGGCAUCGACUAUAUAAUAAUCAAUCGAACUAUUUUCACUAUUCUAGUAAGCUUGAGAAUAAAUCAAAUAUCGCCGGAUAUUUUCGUCGAAGUGUUUACCUGUUCAAACAAUUCUAUACACGACGAGCAAUCGUUCGAUUUUAUUAUAACAUUGUAUUCUAUCUUCUUUUCUUGACCUUGUUCAGUUUUGUUCUACUUGUCGACUAUUUUCCACUUAACAACAAUGGUGGUGUUCGAAACGGCGUUGUCAAUAUCAAAAUACCCAUCGCUGAAUUAUUCGUUCAUAUUCUUGUGUGGUGUAUGAUUAUAGAAGAGGGAACAGAAUUUCAACGUCAUUGGAAUGAAGAACGCACCAAAUGUGUUACUCGGAGAAAGAUUUUACGGAAAUAUUUUUCCGAAGAUCUAUGGAAUGUUUUGGACUUCACUGCAAUCACCUGUUAUCUUGGUGGUUUCGUUAGUCGAUUUAUUAUCAACGAACCAGCAUUCAUCGCUUCGAAAAUUUUGAUGUGUUUGGCUUUAUAUCUCUGGUAUAUUCGUGUACUUCAAGUGUUUGCUGCUUACGAGCGGUUGGGACCGAAGUUGCUUAUGAUUUUCAAUACGAUGAAAGAUCUAGCAUUUUUUAUCUGUUUUGUCCUCGUCUUUCUGGCCGGUUAUUCAGUGACAUCAUAUGCAUUGGUUACAACUGACGAGCAAGUUACUUGGAGGGAUACGAAAGAUGCAUCAUUUCGUCACGAAUUUAUUUUAUUCAACAAUGGCACAAAUUUAUGGGAUUGGGAGCUAAUCAGAAAUGUUAUCCAGUGGGGCAUGUGGAAGGCAUAUGGUGAGGUGGAAUUGAUAGCUGAUCAUCAUUAUGGAAAUAAGACGCAAAUCACGAUGCCGAAUAAUGCUUAUGGCACAAUAGCUUUUAUUUUGACUAUCUUCUUUGUGUGUAUUGCUAGUGUCUUGUUACUCAAUGUUUUAGUAGCUCUUUUCAAUGUGACAAUUCAAAAUGUGGAGCGCAGUGCGCGUAAAAACUGGGCUUACCAUCGCUAUCGACUUGUCAUGGAAUACGCCAAGAAGAGUCAUUUUUCACCGCCAUUUAAUGUAUUGGCCUAUAUUCUAUAUUCUAUUGACGAAUAUCUGAUGAGAACUUGGAAAAGAAAAUCAGGUAAAUCAAAUAUUUAA